AUGGCCUCUGAGGUGGUGUGCGGGCUGGUCUUCAGGUUACUGCUGCCAAUAUGUCUUGCAGCUGCUUGCCUGUUCAGGUACAAUGUCCUGUCAUUCGUCUACCUCAUCUUCCUCCUGCUUAUCCCGCUCUUUGCAGAGCCCACAAGCACAACAAUGCAAGGCCACACAGGGCGUCUGCUGCAGUCCCUCUGCUUCACCAGUAUGUCCUUCGUGCUGCUGCACAUCAUCUAUCAGAUUACCGUCAACAGCCUCCUGGCCAGGAACUCCAUCACAUCUGACUUCAACUGUUCCCAGUGGGAGAAAUCCAUAAGACAAAUUGGCUUUGAGAGUGUGAUUGGUGCAGAUGCAGGCAACAGCAUCCGAGUGUUCAUCCCCGACAUCGGCAUGUUCGUGUUGGGCUUGGCCAUCUGGCUGCUGUGUCGCAGUCUGGUCCAGAAGAGGCCGCCUGAGGACAUGGCCCAGUGCAACGCCGACUUCGAAGCCGAGGAACAAGAAGAAGAGGAGAAGCUGAGCCUGGACGACAACAUCCUGCUAGAGGAGGACUUUGAAGCGGGGUACGAGGCCGAGGAGGAUGAGGAAGAGGAGGAGUUGGACGAGGAGGAAGAGGAAGAAGAGGAGGAGGAGGAAGCAAAGGAGAGCACCAAGAGGAAGAUCCUCAGGCUUGUGGCGGAGGUCGCGUCCAAAGUGAAGGAGAUUAUCGGGAACUUGAUCACGACUGCGGGGAAGGUGGUGGUCACCAUCUUGUUGUGCAUGACAGGUAUAAUGCUGCCCUCGUUGACCUCGGCGGUCUACUUCUUCAGCUUCCUGUUCCUGGGCACCUGGUGGUCCCUCUGCCGGACCUUUGACACGCUCAUCUUCAGCUGCAUGUGUGUCCUGAUGGCCAUCUUUAGCGCUGGACACCUCAUUGUCCUCUACCUCUACCAGUUCCAGUUCUUCCAGGAGUCCAUACCACCGGACGAUUAUUACAUCAGUAUAUUUGGCAUCUCCCCCAUUGUUCAGAGCAACUGCUCCUACACAUGGAAGCUCAUCGUGCACCCGGAGCUUAAGUGGAACCACUUUGUCAAUCCCAUCAUCCUGCUGAUCCUCUACUACACCCUGGCCACGCUCAUCCGCCUCUGGCUGCAGGAACCCAUCGACCAGCUGAUGGACGACAAGGAUGGCGAUAUGUGCGAGGAGGAAGAUCUGGAUGGAAACAGAGCAAAUAACUCUGCCAACAGGAAGAGGAAGAUGUGGUGGGAAUCACGCCAAGGAACAGAUGAGAAAAACCUCAUCUCCACUCAGGAUGGCUUCAGUACAACUGAGGCUGUGCCCACUUCAAAUGGGACGUCCUUUGAUUUCGUCACAGCUGAGAAUGGACCAGUCUGUCUGGACUUGUACUCCACCCCUACGUAUAAAAUGGACCAGCCCAGCGACGGUACAGAGAAGAAAGAAGAGUGUGUGUAUGAGGUGUGUUUUCCCCCGGAGGAUUCAGCGUUGGAGGAAGGAGAGGAGAAGUCUGAGGGAGGAGAGGAUGGGAUUAAGAAGAGAGGAGUCAGUGCAAUGGUCAAAAUCUUCCACUUCGUCAUGAAACAGAGCUACAUCUGUGCUCUAAUAGCCAUGAUGGCGUGGAGCAUCACAUACGUCAGCUGGCUGACGUUUGUCUUCCUCAUCUGGUCUUGCGCGCUGUGGAUGGUGAGGGACAGGAGGCGUUACGCCAUGCUGUCCUCUCCCUUCAUGGUCGCCUACGGCAACCUGCUGAUAGUCCUGCAGUACAUUUGGAGUUUUGAGAUCAUUGAUCACAGCAAAGUCCUUGGGUUCUUUGUCAAGAAGAACAACGCUUUCCACUCUCUUUCAUCCAAGGUCCUGUGUCUGCUGAGCUUCUGGCUGCUGUUAAAACAAACGCUUACAGAGAGAGAGGAAAAACUAAAGGAAGACAGCGCUGGUCUCUCAGAUGUUCAUGUGGAGGAUCAGAAAAAGAAGGAGGAAGAGGACUCUGAGGAGGGAGGGGACCCGGACGUCAUGCAGGUUCUGGGCAACAUGGUCAUGGCUCUGCUGGUGAAAUACUGGAUCUACAUAUGUGGUGGCAUGUUCUUCUUCGUCAGCUUCGAGGGAACAAUCGUCAUGUACAAGAUCAUAUACAUGAUAAUGUUCCUCUCCUGUGUGGCGCUCUACCAGGUGCACUAUGAGUGGUGGCGAAGGAUCCUAAAGUACUUCUGGAUGUCUGUGGUGAUGUACACCAUGCUGGUCCUCAUCCUGGUCUACACCUACCAGUUUGACAGCAAUACCUUCUGGACCAAAACGUUGGCAAUGACGAAAGGGAGCUUGGAGGACCUGGGCCUGAAGAGGUUUACUGUCCCCAUGCUCUUUACCAGGAUUUUCAUUCCCACGUCUUUCCUGUUGGUGUGUAUUCUCCACCUGCACUACUUCCACGACCGCUUCCUCCAGCUCACUGAUCUCCAGGCUGUAGUGGCCAAAGAGGAGAGCGCUAUCUACAGACUGGUACACCAGGAUGGCAGUCUGGCAGACCUCACCAUGCUCAGCGCCAACUCUGUGGACGCCAGGCUGUCCAGAGAGGAACAGGAGCCACAGGUGAAGCAGGAGGAUCAGGGAGAGUGGGGGACGGAGAAGGAGAAGGAGCAGGAGAAGGAGAAGGAGAAGGAGAAGGAGCAGGAGCAGGAGCAGGCCCUGGUGGUGGUGAUGUAUGACACUGACAUGACUGGCGAGAAGCCCAAGAGCUUCUCCGACCCGCGACAGUCCAGCACAGAGGAGAGCCAACACUACAGCGCUGGGACGGAGCCAGAGCCGAGCACCGAGCAGAGCUCAGAUCUGAAGAAUAAAUGGCACCUGGUGGUCGACCGUCUGACUGUGCUCUUCCUCAAGUUCCUGGAGUAUUUCCACAAACUGCAGCUGUUCAUCUGGUGGUUACUGGAGAUCCACAUCAUCAAGAUCGUGUCCUGCUACAUUGUCCUGGUCUCUGUCAGUGAGGUGUCUUUGUUCAACUAUGUGUUCCUGGCGUCCUGGGCCUUUGCACUGCCCUACAGCCAGUAUCGUCCCCUUGCCUCCAGUGUUUGCACUGUCUGGACGUGUGUCAUCAUCGUAUGUAAAAUGUUGUACCAGCUGAAGUCUAUAAACCCCCUUACCUACUCGAGGAACUGCACUCCGGUUCUGACCACUGAGAUGAAGAAGUCUCUGCUGUAUAAAGGACCAGUGGAUCCAGCCAACUGGGUCGGCCUGGAGAAGUCUGCUGACCUUCUGGGCUACAUCAGGAACAACCUCCUGAUGCUGGCUCUGUUAGCGUUUGAGGUGACCAUUUAUCGGCAUCAGGAAUACUUCAGGCUGAGAAACAAACUGUCGCCUCCAGCUGCCAGGAUUAUCUUCCAUGACAUCACACGACAGCAUCUGGACAUCGGCAUCAUCCGCUUCAUCAAAUACUUCAUCAACUACUUCUUCUACAAGUUUGGACUUGAGACAUGCCUGCUGUUGGUAGUCAAUGUUAUCGGGCAGCGUAUGGACUUCUACGCCAUGCUUCACGCCUUCGCCCUGAUCGCAGUCAUGUUUAGACGCAGGAGGAAAGCCAUAGCUGAGAUCUGGCCCAAGUACUGCUUCUUCCUGGCCUGCAUGCUGACCUUCCAGUACUUUGUCUGCAUCGGGAUCCCACCAGCAGCCUGUAAAGACUAUCCCUGGAGGUUUCCAAACUCUACCACGGACUCCAAUGUGGUCAUGUGGCUCUAUGUUCCAGAUUUCCUGUCCCAACCCAAUCCAUCGUUCCUCAUCUAUGACUUCAUGUUGCUGCUGUGUGCCUCUCUCCAGAGGCAGGUCUUUGAUGAUGAAAACAAGGCGGCGAUUCGUAUCAUGGCUGGAGACAACGUGGAGAUCUGCAGAGACCUAGACGCAGCGUCUUUUAGCGUCCACAACCCCGUCCCCGACUUCAUCCACUGCAGGUCCUACCUGGACAUGCUGAAGGUCAUCAUGUUUAGCUACCUGUUCUGGUUCGUCCUCACCAUCAUCUUCAUCACGGGGACAACCAGGAUCAGCGUCUUCUGUAUGGGCUACCUGGUGGCCUGCUUCUACUUCCUGCUCUUUGGUGGUGAGCUGUUGCUCAAACCAAUCAAAAAGAUCCUCCACUACUGGGACUUCCUGAUCGCCUACAACAUCUUUGUAAUCACCAUGAAGAAUGUUUUGUCUAUCCUGGCUUGUGGCUACAUCAACUCUCUGGUUGAGGACCGGUGCUGGUUGAUCCAGUUGUUCAGUCUGGCCUGCACCAUCAAGCAAUACGAUGUUAACAAAGUCAAAGCAGACCAGAAGGGAUGUGGGCUGCCCAGCAGUGAGGCCGGGAUCAUCUGGGACAGUAUCUGCUUCGCCUUCCUGCUGCUGCAGAGACGAGUCUUCAUGAGCUACUACUUCCUCCACGUGGUGGCUGAUAUCAGAGCGUCGCAGAUCCUUGCGUGCAGAGGGGCGGAGCUUUUCCAAGCCACGAUAGUGAAGGCGGUGAGAGCGAGACUGGAGGAAGAGCGCAAAUCUGUAGAGCAGCUGAAGAGACAGAUGGAGCGCAUUAAGGUGAGGCAGCAAAAGUUUAAGAGGGGCAAGGAGAGGAUACUGAGCCUGGCACAGGAGUCUGGAGACGGACCGGCCUUCGUCCAGCCCGAGGAGGAUGAUGAUGAAGGAGCACAGCGAACGAAAGCCAAGACCAAAAAAAAGCAGUGGUGGAGGCCGUGGGUUGACCAUGCUUCCAUGGUUAGAAGUGGAGACUAUUACUUGUUUGAAACUGACAGUGAGGAUGAAGAGUUGGAGGAAGAGAAAAAAGACGAUGAACAGCCAAAGAAGUCAGCGUUUCAGCGAGCUAUUGGAAAGUUUGCCUCUGCUGUUCUGGCUUUGCCCAAGUCUAUCAUUAAGCUGCCUAAAACUAUACUGCAGUAUCUAGUCAAGGCAGGCAAGUUUCUUUAUCACGCCUGGAUCACAGACCCCAAAGCGGCCCUGAGGGCUCGGGGGAAAGAGAAACGCAAAUUUUGGAAAAAAUACACCAAAGGUGUAAGACACAGAAAAAGCAAGAAAAAAAGUAAUGUGACCAUAGAGAUUGGUGAUCUCUCAGAUGGGCAAGAAAAAGAUGACGAAAACAAGAAGUCUAGUGGUCCAGACAACAUCAUCAAGCGGGUGUUCAACAUCAUAAAGUUCACGUGGGUGCUCUUCCAGACGACGGUGGACAGCUUCACCAAGUGGAUGAAUGACAUGUGCAGGGAGUACAUCGACAUCUCCACUGUGCUGCGUAUAGAGCGCUGCAUGCUGACCAGAGAGGUCAAAAAGGGUAACGUGCCAUCUAGAGAGAGCAUCCACGUCUACUACCAGAAGGCCAUGAGGCUCAACAUGUCCAGGCAGGCCAGUUUUGAUCAACUAAGUGAGGACGAGUUGGCCUCGGGCUCCACCAGGGUCCGCAGAAGGCGAAGAGGCUACCCCAUGGAGAGCCAGGACUCCACAGCCUCCAGAGACAGCAUAUCCAGUGCCUUCACCGAGGCCACCACACUGUUUUCUCGCCAAUCCACCCUGGAAGACCUGGAUGCAAUGCCAGAGUGCAUUCCCAAAACAAGCGAGCGAGCCAGGCCCAAACUGCAUAAGAUGUACGGCCUGGAUGUUUCCAAUUCGUCAAUGGAAAGCUGCAGCAGCUUCAUUUCCAGUGAAGCGACCCAGUGCAUCACACUCUACUCCAGACAGGGCACCACAGACACCAUAGAAGAAGUGGAGGAUGAGCAGGAUCAAGGGGAAGACAAACAACAGCAGCAGCAGGUUCCCUGGGAAUCCCACCAGCUGGAUGAGAGUGAGGGGGCCGAGGGCAACAGCCGGAGCGAUGCAGAACCAAAGAGAAGGAGGGAGGAGGAGGAGAAGGAGGGUGAGGGCCAGGAGGGACUGCAGGGUGAGGAGGUACCAAAAUACCAGGACAGAGGGGAGAGAGAAAAGGCUCCCUGGGAAUCCUUCGGCCCAGAUGAGGGCCCCUCUCUCAGGCUGGAGGAGACAGAGCCUGCCCCUUCGGCCCAGGAGAGAGACUUCACCCCUGAGAGUGAAGAUGGAGGAGAUCAGCAGGACUUCAUGCAGACGGACGGGCGGGUCGGGCAGCUCUACACCCCCGAUACAGAUGUUUCCAAGACGUCUGACGCUGACGUGCCUCCCAGUUACAGCAAGGCCGUCAGCUUCGACCGUCUGGAAGUCAGCGAUGACGAGAGUGACAUGGAUAGGAAGAGGCGCAUGGUGAUGACCUCUGACAGCCGCUCAGACAGCAGGUCGGACAUCAUGUUGCCCUCGAUGACCACUGAGCUGACCGCCAGCGAACUGCUGCUCAACAAGAUGUUUUAUGAUGAGGAGCUGGAGCAGUCGGAUAAAUUCUACACAAAACAGCCUCUGAUCCUCCAGCUCUGCUACGCCCUCUACAACAUGCUGGUGGCCCACUCAGAGAUGGUGUGCUACCUGGUCAUCAUCAUCAACCACAUGGUAUCGGCCUCCUGCGCCACCCUGGUCCUUCCAACCACCAUCUUCCUCUGGGCCAUGCUGUCAGUCCCCCGGCCCAGCAAGCGCUACUGGAUGACGGCCAUCGUCUAUACUGAGGUCACCAUCGUCGUCAAGUACUUCUUCCAGUUCGGCUUCUUCGGCUUCAACGAGAACCUCUUAGAUAAGAAUAAGCCAUAUUAUCCUCCCAACAUCAUUGGAGUGGAGAAGAAGGAUGGCUACGUCCACUACGACCUGGUCCAAUUACUGGCUCUCUUCUUCCACAGAUCCAUUUUGAAGUGCCACGGUCUUUGGGACGAAGACGACUCCAAAGAAAAGAGAGCGCCCUCUCGUCAGAGCGAGUCGGAGGACGAUGGGAGAGACAAGCAGAGUGAGAUGGGGUCUGAUCACGCCUCCUCACUGAUGAGCGAUGGGAGAGGCUCCACUCACACCUUGAGAUCGAUAACCUUUGGGACCUCCAUUGAUUCGGGACAUGUCCUGGUGCAAUACCCGCAACAGCAGACCUACCAGCGACGCAAGAGCUCCAGUGGAGGCUCGCACAUUUCUCACCGAUCACUCCGCUCUUCUGCAAGGUCCAAGAGAGGAAGUACGACUUCCCACAACAGCAGUCACAAGGACGGCAGCGAGGCCAGCGUCCAGCAGAAGACCCGCAAACAGCUGAUCAUGGAGAAGCUGAGGGGGCAGCUCCUCAAGGGAAAAGCUUUCGUCAUAAAGCGGUUCAUGGAGAUCUACCUUCCCAUGAGGCAGUUCUUCUACAACUUGAUCCACCCGGAGUACAGCGCAGUCACAGACGUCUAUGUGCUGAUGUUCCUCGCUGACACAGUCGACUUCAUCAUCACUGUGUUUGGAUUCUGGGCGUUUGGUAAACACUCAGCUGCAGACAUCACAUCGUCUCUGUCGGAGGAUCAGGUGCCAGGACCUUUCUUGGUCAUGGUCCUGAUCCAGUUCGGGACCAUGGUGGUGGACCGGGCCCUCUACCUCAGAAAGUCUGUAAUGGGCAAAGUCAUCUUCCAGGUCAUCCUGGUCUUUGGCAUCCACUUCUGGAUGUUCUUUAUUCUGCCAGGAGUCACAGAAAAGCGUUUCAACGAGAACACAGUCGCUCAGAUGUGGUAUUUUGUCAAGUGCAUCUACUUCGGGCUGUCAGCCUAUCAGAUCCGCUGUGGAUAUCCCACCCGCGUUUUGGGAAACUUCCUCACCAAAAGCUACAAUUAUGUCAACCUUUUCCUGUUUCAAGGUUUCCGUCUGGUGCCGUUCCUAACAGAGCUGCGAGCCGUGAUGGACUGGGUUUGGACGGACACCUCGCUGUCUUUGUCCAGCUGGAUCUGCGUGGAGGACAUCUACGCUCACAUCUUUAUCCUCAAAUGCUGGAGAGAGUCUGAGAAGAGGUAUCCCCAGCCCCGAGGCCAGAAGAAGAAGAAGGUGGUGAAGUACGGGAUGGGAGGGAUGAUCGUGGUGCUGCUGAUCUGUAUCGUCUGGUUUCCGCUGCUCUUCAUGUCCCUUGUUAAAUCCGUGGCCGGAGUUCACAACCCACCACUGGAUGUGUCGUUUGAAAUCACCCUGGCUGGCUUUCAGCCCAUCUUCACCAUGAGCGCUCAGCAAAAACAACUGCAGGAUGUGACAAAAUUCGAAUAUGAAACGUUUAUGAACGGAUAUAAGACUUGUGAUGACGCCUUGCAGUGGCUAGAGGGCUACCUGCCAGAGGACCUGAUCAUUGCAGAUCUUAAAGGCAACUCCAACUCUCUGUGGACCAUCAGUCCACCCAGCAGAAGAAACCUGAUUGAGAUGUUGGGCAGUAAUGAGGAAUUCCACGUCACUGUGUCCUGGUCUGUGCAAAGAAACUUCACUCUUGGAGCCAAGUCUGAAACAGCGUCAGGAAAAUGGGUGAGAGCUCUCGAACAAGAAACAAAGAAGGAGCUCAUAGAGAUCCUAAGCAGUACAGGAAACUACUCAAGUACACAAGUGACCCUAAAAGAGAUCUUCCCUCGCUUUAUUCGAGCCCCCAGUGACUCAGAUGCCAAGGCUGUUGAUCUUUAUAAAGAUGAAAAGAUGUUGAACGUCACCUUGAACCUGAAUAGAGACGGGAAUCUGGUCCAGGAAUGGUGGAUUGUCAGCCAGACGAAGCCGGGCCCGAUACCAAAGAGGGCUCCCAACAAGACUCAAGGCCUGGAACUCUAUGUAUUUAGCGACAAAGUCAGCCCGCCCAGUUUGGGCUUUCUGGCGGGAUAUGGGAUCAUGGGCUUGUACGCCUCUGUGGUUCUGGUCAUCGGCAAGUUUGUGCGCGAGUUCUUCAGCGGCAUCUCCCACACCAUCAUGUUCGAGGAGCUGCCCAACGUGGACCGCAUCCUCAAACUGUGCACGGACAUCUUCCUGGUCCGAGAGACGGGGGAGCUGGACCUGGAGGAGGACAUGUACGCCAAACUCAUCUUCCUCUACCGCUCUCCAGAGACUAUGAUCAAGUGGACCAGAGAGAAAACUGAGUGAAACACAGCAAGGAGGCGUAGACUGAUGAAGGUCGGAGCUUUUUGGGACUGGAGGAGCCGCUCAUUCUGAAAGUGGUCGAUGAUGCGAGCAGCUGUUUCAGCCGAUUUAUGUGCUGAGGGAGCACAAAGUCAGCUGAGGACCAGCACUGUCCUGUUCUACUGAGCUCUGAUGGCAGCGAUACAGUGUUAGCACCACACUUGAGUUAUAAACUGGUAUUUUAUACUAUUAACUGAUAAAAACAACAACAAUUGCAGUCAUAAUAUUAACAAUUGAGGACAGAUUUGCAGGUGCUGUAUUUAUCUCACGAAACCUGGCUCAGUUUGUCAUCCAGUUGAUAAAACAAGCAGCUGGUGUCCAGUUGGAGACGGAGAAAUCUUUAUGGACAAUUUUCCUAAGUUAUUUAAAGUCCCUAACAUAAAGGUAUGUUUUUAAACACAAUUGCCGAGGUAACUCAUCGCUCUUCAUGCCUGUCUCUAACAUUUUUACAAUCGCAUGGUAGGCGGAGAGAUAACGGGCUGCAACAUUAAACUUUAAGGGCUUCCCAUCAACAAAUAAGUGCACAAUAAUGACCACAUGAGCACAAUCUCAUAUUUUCUCCCAACUGGAACGCUUGGACUGUGGGACUGUGCAAUAUUGAGCUUUCAUUCCUCCAAGUUUUUUUGAAGGAUGUGGAUUGAGGGAAAACGCUGGUUUUGACCAAGAAACAUGAACAUAA